AUAAAUACGACCAAUUAAUUAAGUACAGUCGAUAGUCGUGUCGCUUCCUAAAUAUAACAAUAUCGUGUUUAUUUAACCUAGGAAAAAUGCGUCUGCUAUCGUGUACCUUACUGGCGAGCCUGCUGGCCUGCGCGUGGGCAGGGAAAAUAACUAAUUUAGCAGAGGACCCAUCUCUGAACGAAAUAGAGUCAAGGUCGGCGAACAUAGUGCGGGAACAGGACGCGAGCAAGCUCGCCAAUCUGCGGUACCCCAGCGCCGUGCUGUUCAGCGGCACCUGCGGCGGCACCAUCAUCAGCCCCACCUGGAUCCUCACUGCAGCUCACUGCACGUUAUUCGGUGACGGUAUAGCCGUGCUGGCCGGCACCGCCAACAGCGAGGACAACACCGGCGAGAGCCGCUUCGUCAAGCGGCUGAUCGUCCAUCCCAAGUUCUCCGUCGGCCCCCACUGGCUCAACGCUGCUGCUUUCAACUUCAGCCAGAUCGCCGCCCACUGGGAUUUUAUGCUGGCUGAGCUGGAACAGCCGCUGCCGCUGGACGGCGUCACCAUCGCGGCGGCGACGCUCGACGACUCCCGUGACCAUCCUGCUGGACAACGAGUCGGCUUCGCCGGAUACGGCACUGACGUUUUUGGGGGAACGAUGCGUCACCACAUGCACGCGAUGGAUUUAGAGAUCAAGUCCAACGAGGACUGCUCCAUGUUCGAGCCGUUCACCCCUGAGGACAUGCUCUGCGUCCAGGGCAUACCGCCUAGGAACGACUACGCGUGCAGUGGCGACAGCGGCAGCGGCCUGGUGCGUGACGGGAGGCUGGUGGGCGUGCUGUCGUGGCUGGAGGACGACUCGCGCGCCUGCGAGCCCGGCAAGAAGCUCGUCUUCGCCAGGGUCGCUGCCGUCCGCGACUGGAUAAGAAAAGUCGCCAACGUCUAAUAUAAUAAAUUACUUGCUGUGUGUCGUUUAA